UGCGGAUCAAUAGAGAAAAUCCAGAGAAAGGGCAGUUUUUCCAUGUUUCACUUUUCUAUAUCCUUUUUCAGGAUGUUUAAUUGAGCUUUUUGGAGUAGUUUUGUGCAGAAAAAUGUCUCCAAUAUCCUAGUGAAGUGCCAUUGAGUGGAAGUUUCAGUGAAAGUGUUGAGAUUUCUGUGAUAUUUGCCCAAAAUCUCAUGUUUCUCCGGUCAGGGAGUUUCUACUGAGCCUCAGUCGAGUGUGUAUUGUAGUUUUUUUUUAUUUGGUUGUACACUUCCGGGGAAUUCCAGAGGGUGACGUGUUUAGUAAAAUCAUCCCUCUUCUCCAUUCCCUUUCGUCCGUAAAAAGUUCAUUGUUGAAGCAACAGAACCGUGAAAUUACUUAAUGCAUACGGCGACUCAUUCUCAUCCUGAGAAGUGAAGGAAAUAUUUAGGCCUGAUUUUGUGGAGAAUUGCCAGGAGUUUCAGUGAUUUUUUUUUCGGGGAUGUUGAGGCCAUUUUUAGGGCGUUUUCUCAUAUAAAACUUCUCAGUUGGUGCUCAAAAUGAUUUACUGAAGAUUUUCGGACGGGAAUUCAACAAGCCAGAAGGACAAAGGAUUUAGAGACCGUGAAACUAGCAGAGGAGCCUCAAAUCAGUUUUUUUGGAGGAUAAAUAAAGCAGAAUGGACAAGGAAGCUGAGAGUAUUCAACUUAAGAAGGCCUUGGAGUGGGAAUUGUCUCUGGAUUCUCGAGAUUUGCGUUCCCAUGCUUGGUACCAUGGUCCUAUUCCUCGGCAGAGAGCCGAAGAAAUUGUGAAGAAAGAUGGUGAUUUCUUGAUUCGCGAUUGUGCUUCCCAGCCUGGAAACUUUGUCCUCACUUGCCGGACAAAGUCCAGUGUCCUCCACUUUGUCAUUAAUAAAGUUACCAUUCAGAAGGAUACUGUCUACGAGAGAUUUCAGUAUCAAUUUGAGGAUGAUGCGUAUGAUACUGUGGCAGACUUGAUAACUUUUUACGUGGGUUCCGGAAAGGCUGUUUCUGCAGCGUCGGGAGCUAGGAUUCAGUUUCCUUGCAAUCGUCUGUAUCCUCUGUCUUUCUAUGUGGCUAAGUAUGCUAGUCCGGUGGCUCCUGGAAGUCCAUUGGUGGCACCGGCUCCGAAUCCUGGAUGCAGGUACAAUCCCUACAAUCAGCAAGUGGGGAAUCAUCGAAGUCCGGUAUCGUCGCCUCCCAGGACUAAGAGGGACGUCCCACCGAGGCUGCCGACGAAGAAGCAGAGAUCCCAGAGUCUGACUCCCAUUCAGCCGAAUGCUGUCCAGAAGCAGGAGAAGUACGGAAGCGCCGAUGGGGUAAUAAAUGGAUCAGGAGGAUCGGGAUCAUCGGAAGAUGGAGGCAAUUUGAUGUCGAGAUCUGUAGAGGAGAAGCCUCGGAAUAUAUCUUCAACAUUCCCCAGGACAAUCAGCUGUGACAAGAGUCUCUCGCCGUGCCUGGAGCAGAAGGUGUCUCCGGUGGAGGAGAAGGAGAACACAGCUCCAAGUCCACCACCGAAACCCGCCAGAGGGCUCAAGGAGCCACCUCCGGAACUCCAGCGUCCUCUCUAUCGUCAUCCAUCGUACCAUGCCAGUGGCUCAGAUUCCGGGAAUGGAUCAGGAGAUUCUGCCCAGAGCUCAGUUGCUGGAGAUAGUGUAUCAGUGGAUUUGGUGCAGCACCGUGGAGUUGUCAUUCGGAAUCCCCGAUUCAUUCCCAACUCUGCAUCCUCCGUAACGCUCAAGUGCUACAUGGAGAUGGAUCCGAUUGCCGCGGAGGAAUCUCUCCUGGCCAUGGAGAUACCCAAGAUUCAUCCACUCUCGAGAUUUGACAUUGAGGCUUUUGAGACACUUCUGCUGCCCGCCGUGGACAAUAAACCCCUGGAUACUGCAGCCCUAGACACCUUCCGGAUGAUGCUGGCGGAGAAUGGACCAACAAUCCUGGCCAAUCAUCUCACCAGAGCAGACAUUAAGCUCAUCCUCGGGGAGGAACAGGUCACCGGACCCAGGGGUCUCGACUGCAUUGGUCUAGAGAUGAUUACUCUGCCCCAAGGGAAGCAAUUCCGCCAAGAUCUGAUCGAGCGAACGGAAUGUCUCAAGCUUCUGGUGGCUGUCACAAUUCUCACGUGCUCGUCCGACGAGGAACGCACGGAAGUGCUCAAUAAAUGGAUUCUAGUGGCGUUGGACACAAAAACAGCCAUGGGAAAUCUCUUUGGGUUUUGCGGAAUUAUGCUGGGACUAUGCAUGCCCCAGGUGCAGAAGAUGGACAGCAUCUGGCAUUCCCUGAGGCAGCAUUUCACAGAGAGCGCCUUUACGUUCGAAGCCAAGCUGAGGCCGACGCUGAAAAGCAUGAAUGACGCAUCGAAUCCUCAGGCGCCCAAUACUUGCCUACCCCAUCUGCUGCCCUACGUUCUACUGAAAGACAGGAGGCUCGAGGAAGUUAUCGGAUCCAGUGCAACGUCUUCCCCUUUGAUUAAUGCUUGCAUUGCUCCUUGGGAGAGUUCAGCAAGUGACUUUGGUCUCUCAAUCUUCAGUGCUCAUCUCGAUUCUGCCCGAAAUUUUGCCAAAAACCUCCCAACUUAUCGCAGAAAUGCCCAAAUGAUCCUCAAUGAUUCUAGCAUUCGACUGGAUGAACUCCUCGAGGAUUCUUUCAGAACUGAGUUCCACAUGAAGUUCCUGUGGGGCAGCAAAGGUGCCCAGACUCCUGCAAAGGAGCGCCAUGCAAAACUCGAGCAGAUUCUAACUCUUAUGUCAGACAAAUACUGCAGCACUCGCCAGCAAAAUGAUCCCAUUUAAAAGGGUUUUAAGGGGGCGCGAGGGGAGAAGGAAAAGCCACCAAAAGAUGAAAUCAAACUAGUCAAAAGUAAGUGGUGAAGAAAUUGUGCAAAAAAAAAAGAAAUUUCUUACUCGUACUUUACACAAAAUAUUCACAAGACAAAUAAAAUAAUUCUCCAUUUUUUUUUGUAUAAAAGUUGUACGAUUGGGAAUUUUGCAAUUUGAUAUUUAUAUCGAAAAUCGAUAAAGAAAUAUUUAGAAGAGCAUUUUAGUAGGAUUUUUUCUAGUGAAUAAGAAAAUUUAUAUAAAUGCAUUUCCAUUCCUCACUUAUUUAUUCA